AUGGUCGGAGUCCGGGCUAACACCGACGUUCGUUUUGGCUUGGAGAGUCAGCUCGGAGGUACCCUGGCGGUUUUGACUGGAGUUAGCUCUAAGGAGGACUUUUUGGAUGGUCCUAUCAGGCCGAUGGCUUAUCUGGACAAGCUUUCUGAUAUUCUCGCGUCGGCGUCGAACUGA